AUGGAUCCAGACCAAUUUCGGAUGUUCCUAGAGCAUCAGUCUAAUGUAUUCGUACAAUUGAUGAAUACUAUAUCCGCCCAAGCACAGCAACACCGGGCACAAUCUGAACAACAUGCUAGAUCCGCCACGGUUCCAGUGCCACAACCGUCGCCAUUGUCGUUGGAAGGAGAUAUGACUGCCAAUUUCGAAUUUUUCGAAAGGAAUUGGAAAAACUACGCAAGUGCCAUGGGAAUGGAUAAAUGGCCACCAGCGGACAAUGGCAGAAAAGUAAGCGUGCUUCUGUCGGUCAUAGGUGAAGAAGCCAGAAGAAAGUUUUUUAACUUUGAGUUAACCGUAGAGCAACAAAUGAACCCGGACGCUGCUUUGUCAGCAAUUAAAAAUAAAGUCGUGACGAAGAGAAAUAUCAUUGUUGAUCGACUCGAUUUCUUCUCGGCUGUUCAGUCGCCAGGUGAAACUAUCGAUGAUUUCGUAGUCCGUCUCAAAAUACUUGCUAAGGUGGCUAAGCUGCGAGACCUAGAACUUGAGCUUAUCGCAUUCAAGGUAGCUACGGCGAAUAAAUGGCCCAACCUCCGCACUAAGAUGAUGACUGAUACGGAUGUCACACUGGAUAAAGCUGUCGAUUUGUGCAGGACAGAAGAAAUAGUGUCGCAACGAUCUCAUGAGCUAGGAGGUCCUCCUGUACUACAGUCCGACGUAAAUAAAGUCUUCAAAUCCAAUCAAAAGUCAAUGCGAUGUAAAUUCUGUGGAGACUACCACGAAUUUUCAAAAGGUUUCUGUCCGGCGUUAGGAAAACGCUGCCACCGCUGCAAGAAGAAAAACCACUUCGAGAAAAUGUGUAAAGUUGGUAAGAAAACUAAGCCACGAAAGUCGAAACGGGUAAAAGAAAUAAAGGAGAAUGCUACUGAAUCAGACACAUCGUGUGCAGACAGCGUAUCAUCAUGCGAGGAAACGGAUGACGAAUACGAAAUCGGUAAAAUUUAUGACAAUUCGAACUCAGGUGGAAGUGUGCUGGCAGAAUUAAAUCUAAAAUUCGGUAAAAAAUGGAAACCUGUUCUUUGUGAAGUAGAUACGGGUGCUAAUACUAGCUUAGUUGGUCACUCUUGGCUAGUCAAACUUUGCGAUGCGGACAGUCCACUCAUUUUGCCUUCCAAAUUCCGACUUCAAAGUUUUGGUGGAAAUGCCAUCAAAGUGUUGGGCCAAGUCAAAGUGCCAUGUCGUCGUUUCGGUAAACAAUUCGUUCUUGUCUUGCAAGUAGUAGACGUCGACCAUCGUCCUUUACUAUCAGCGAACGCUUCACGAGAACUUGGUCUCGUCAAAUUUUGUAACACGGUCUCAUUUAGUCAACCUGAACCAGCUACCAGUUCUCAACAAGAUAACCUGCUUAACAUACAUCGAGUAAAGGCGCAGCAGAUUGUGGAGAAUCAUAAAGAUUUGUUCAGCGGUUACGGAAAACUUCCCGGAAUAGUGUCACUGGAGAUAGACCACACCAUCACUCCGUCAAUACAACAUCCUCGCCGUGUGCCUAUUGCAAUGCGCAGUAAGCUCAAAGCCGAACUGGAAAACCUCGAGAAGGAUGGAAUUAUUGUAAGAGAAACCGAACACACUGAAUGGGUGAGUAAUAUUGUGAUCGUCCAACGUGGCUCUGGGGUUCGCAUUUGUCUAGAUCCUGUAAUUUUGAAUAAGGCGCUGAAAAGACCUCGUCUACAAUUUGUUACCUUGGACGAGAUAUUACCGGAACUGGGCAAAGCGAAAAUUUUCUCCACUGUUGACGCCAAAAAAGGCUUUUGGCAGGUAGCUCUCGAUGAACCAAGCAGCAAAUUAACUACCUUCUGGACCCCCUUCGGUCGAUACCGAUGGACACGUUUGCCAUUUGGUAUAGCACCAGCACCAGAAAUCUUUCAACUCAAAUUGCAAGAGGUGAUCCAAGGCCUAAAAGGUGUAGAGUGUAUCGCUGACGACCUUCUUAUAUACGGGGUUGGAGAAACAUUUGAAAAAGCUCUAAAAAACCACAAUGAAAAUCUGGAUAAACUGCUAUGUCGUCUAGAAGAAAAGAACGUAAAGUUGAAUAAGAGCAAGAUGAAAUUGUGUAAAAGAUCGAUUAAGUUUUACGGGCACGUUCUCACCGAUCAAGGUCUGAAACCGGAUGAAGCAAAGGUAUCUGCAAUCAGAGAUUUCCCGAGGCCAAUGAGCCGAAAAGAAGUUCAUAGAUUCGUGGGUAUGGUCACUUACCUGGGACGCUUUAUCAAAAACCUUAGUGAUAAUUUGGCGAAUCUACGUAAACUGAUUUCGGAGUCUGUACCCUGGAAGUGGACGGAAAUUGAAGAAAAAGAGUUUAAUGAUGUCAAAGCUUUAGUCGCCGAUCUCACAACAUUGCGUUAUUAUGAUGUUUCCCAACCGCUAUUCAUCGAAUGUGACGCUAGCUGCAUUGGUCUUGGAGCCGCUGUAUUCCAAAAUAAUGGUAUUGUUGGAUACGCUUCACGAACGCUCACAGCAGCCGAGAGAAAUUACGCGCAGAUUGAAAAAGAACUUCUCGCUAUAUUGUUUGCCUGCGUUAGAUUUGAUCAGCUAGUAGUUGGCAAUCCCAAGACAACAAUUCGAACGGAUCACAAGCCUCUUCUAAAUAUUUUCAAAAAACCGUUGUUGUCAGCACCCCGUCGAUUGCAGCAUAUGCUGCUGAAUCUUCAGCGUUACAAUCUUUCCGUUGAAUACGUCACUGGGAAAGAAAAUGUAAUCGCCGAUGCGCUAUCUCGUGCCCCUUCACCGAAUCUGCGACAAUGUGAGGAACACAAGAAACAAAAUAUCUUUAAAGUUUUUGAUAAAAUCGAAGAAGUCAAGCUCAGCAAGUAUCUGCAGGUUUCUAGUGCAAGAAUUGAAGAAAUCAUCCAGGAAACGGAAGCAGACCAGUCCAUGCAACGUGUGAUGUACUAUAUUCAAAAUGGCUGGCCUCAAUCCAUAGAUCGGGUUCCGGACAGCGAGAAAAUAUAUUUUGGCUUCAGGAAUGAAUUAUCAUUUCAAGAUGGUUUGAUUUUUCGAAAAGACUGCAUUGUAAUUCCAUUUGUGCUUCGUAAUAAAUUAAUCACUAGCUGCCAUGCAAGUCACAACGGUGUUGAAGCAACACUAAAGCUAGCUCGAGCAAAUCUUUUUUGGCCGGGUAUGUCGGCACAAAUUAAGGACGUAGUGAAAAAUUGUAGUGUAUGUGCUAAAUAUGCGGCAUCACAACAAAAUCCGGAGAUGAAAAGCCACGAUAUUCCAAUUUACCCCUUUCAGCUCAUCUCCAUGGAUGUAUUCUUCUGUGAUCAAAAAGGCUUGAAGCGCAAAUUUCUAAUCACGGUUGAUCAUUAUUCGGACUUCUUUGAAAUCAACUUGCUUAAAGACUUAAGUCCUGAGUCAGUAAUAGAUGCCUGUAAGCAAAAUUUCGCACGCUUCGGAGUCCCACAACGUGUCGUCACAGACAACGGUACCAACUUCGCUAAUCAGAAAAUGGCUAAAUUUGCUUCAGACUGGGACUUUGAAUUGGCAACUUCCGCACCACAUCAUCAGCAAGCGAAUGGUAAGGCUGAGUCGGCAGUUAAAAUAGCGAAGAAUUUGAUGAAAAAAUCCGACGAAAGCGGUACAGACUUUUGGUACGCUUUAUUGCAUUGGAGAAAUAUUCCAAAUAAAAUAGGCUCGAGUCCAGCAGCUCGACUACUAUCUCGUUCCAUUCGGUGUGGUGUACCAGCUUCUGCAGCGAAGUUGCUGCCAAAAAUAGAGGACGACGUGUCCACUAAAAUUGAAACGAAUCGUAGACACUAUAAAUUACAUUAUGAUCGUAAAUCACGUAAUUUACCUGAGUUGCAGGUUGGAUCGCCAGUUUAUGUACAACUUCAUCCUGAAACCAAUAAAGUGUGGACGGAGGGAAGGAUUUCGCAACGAUUUAAUGAUCGCUCGUAUCUGGUGAAUGUGGAAGGAACCAAGUACCGUCGCUCACUGGUACAUCUGAAACCGCGUAAAGAGCCCGAUUCGCCGCCGAUCCGCUAUUCGUUAUCCUGUCCGAAUGUCUUGGAGGGUCCGUCUUCGCGUUCGGAAGAUCACCGGUUGUCAACAGGUAACCAAAACAUGAAUCCGAUGAAUUCCGCCGAUCGAAAAAACACAAGCAACGAACGGGAAAUGUCACCCGCUACGGGUCGUACAACACUCGAGCAGCCGACGAUGCAAAUGUUUGCUGAGACGACACAACCGCAAGCAGCAGUGCCGCCAGUUUCGAAGUCAAAGAGGAUUUGUCCCACUACACCGUUGCCGUUACACCGUCCGAAAAGGAAAUUGCGUAUUCCUGUUAAGUUUAAAGAUUUUUUGAUGAAUUAA